AUUCACAAAUUCAUAAGGUUGCAAUUGGCGGGCUCGCAUCAUUUCUUAACUCUCUGUUUACACCCUGAUCUCAAAACCCCUACUCUGUCAAUCACUUGAUUGAAUCUCUGAUUAUUGGAACUCUAGAAAAUGGGAAACCGGAGGUUUGCCCAGGUGUCCACGAGCGACGAGGAGGACGAGUUGCCGACGCGGCCAAGGACACGUAAUUCAUUGGAGAAGGUGCAGUCGCAGAAGAAACGGAAGAGAAUGAAGCUACAGGAGGAUGAAGACGAUGAGGAAGAAGAGGAGGUGGUUGGGAAAGUCGGAAGGGAGGGAAAGAAAGGAAGGAAAGGGGAGGAAGAAGAGGAGGAGAACCGGGAGGAAGUUGAGCAACAGCAGGAGGAGGAGGAGCCUCCUCAUCCCGUUGGAGAGUCAGUUAGGGUAUCUGGUAAAGGGCGAGGGCGGAGGAACCAUUACGAAGCCUUCGACUAUGACGGGACUCGUUAUGAUCUGGAGGAUCCUGUACUUUUAGUUCCAGAGGACAAAAGCCAAAAGCCUUAUGUGGCAAUCAUUAAGGACAUUACUCAAGCUAAAGAUGGGAAUAUGAUGGUUACUGGACAAUGGUUCUAUCGGCCUGAGGAGGCAGCAAAGAAAGGAGGUGGAAGUUGGCAAUCACGUGACACACGAGAACUCUUCUAUAGUUUCCACCGAGAUGAGGUUCCGGCUGAGUCUGUGAUGCACAAGUGUGUGGUGCAUUUUGUCCCAAUCCACAAGCAGCUUCCUGUUCGUAAACAAAAUCCUGGUUUUAUCGUGCAAAAGGUAUAUGACACUGUGGAGCGGAAGCUUUGGAAGUUGACUGAUAAAGAUUAUGAAGAUAACAAGCAGCAUGAAAUUGACCUCCUUGUUCAGAAGACCAUGUCACGAUUGGGGGAUCUUCCUGAUCUUGAGAUUGAAGAUACAAUUACAGAUCAGGAAGAUCAGUUAAAGACUAAAAGAUCUCUCAGGAAAAAGAAUAUAUCACCUUUGGAUGUUACAAGAGAGGAUACCAAGCCUGACGGAAAGGCUGAAACACCUUUAAGUUGCACACCUAAUGCAUCAGAGCAUUACUCUAUCUUAUUGAAGUUUAAUGCACUGACUGGGGAAACUCAUCGUGAUAAAUGGUUGGAGAGGCUGCUUCAAGGAAUUCAGUACAUAUGCAGUUCUCCAGACAGUAUGCAAGCAGACGAUGAAGGAAAGGGCAAUUCUGAUGGCACGACUCAUGAAAGGGGCAAUAAAAGUCCUGCAACUGGAAAUGCAUCCCAAGAGAAGAGGGAAAAUCUUUUUCCCUGGCCAGAUGCUGCUGUUUCUGCUGUUACUGCUCUUGAGAUAGCUUCACAUGAUGCUCUUUCCACAGAUUUCCAAAAGUAUAAUCAGAAGUUGCGGCAAUUGGUUUUCAAUCUGAAGAAUAAUCCACUUUUAGCCUUGCGUUUACUCAAUGGAGAAUUGGAGCCUUCAAAAAUACUGAAUAUGUCACCAAACGAAUUGAAGGAAGGUUUAACGGCAGAAGAGACAGCAAAAAAGGAGCCUGAUGAGUCAGAACGAAUGCAGAUGACUGAUGCUCGAUGCUCAAGAUGCUCGGAGUUUAAAGUGGGCCUAAGGGAUAUUAUUCAAGCAGGACACGGGGACCGUUACCAGUUGGAGUGUAUUGCUUGCGGACAUUCUUGGUAUGCUUCUAGGGAUGAAGUUUCUACACUGACAAUAGAUGGGCCAAGCUCUGCAAAAAAUGUUGGGACAGCACCAUUGGCCACAGCAAAAUUUGAGAGAGUAGAGAAAAACUUGGCAAGCCCAAGGGAAUCUGAAAAAUCAGCAAACGAGAUUCUCAGGAAGGCAAGUGAGGCAUAUGUACCUGUACUGGAGGCUCAGAAAUCUUUUGGAAGGUCUGAAAAAAAGGAUGAAGAAAAUACCGAAUCUUCAAAGAAGGUGGAGUAGGAAGUAGAGGUGGUUUCUUGAGUUGGCGGUUGUAAGUGAUAUUAUGUAGUGGUGGGUAGCAAAUUGACUUCUUGUACAGCUUUUAUAUAUCUGGGUUUGCUUUAUCAGUAGUGAGUAAAAGCAUAGUUAAGUUGCAGCCUAGUUACGGUGUGCAUGCACCUGCCGUCCCCAUGUGGGAUUACUGUUAUAGUUGGCAAAAUUGAUAUAUGAGAAUGGGAGUUGGGGGUUGAUAGCGUCAGUAGCUCUUUGGCUGGAGUAAAUAGAUCGGUAGGUGUAGUUUUUUGAAUGGUUAUUUAAUCAUGUUUAAUCUUUAAUAGCAGAUGAUAAUAACAAUGAUCAUAAUAAUAGAAGGGUUGGCAAAUUAAACAGGAA